CCAGCCGGGAAUCAGUAUACGGGUGUCGUUCCGCGCGGACUGAACGGAAGGAACGUGAGAGAGAAAGAGAGGUGCGCGUCGCGGAGGACCCUGACGAGAGAGCGGCGUCACCGUGUGCCCCGUCGUUCGUAAAUAAACGAAACGCAGUCGCGACGCGUCGUCGUACCAGGUGCCACCGCGCACGGCCUUUCGCGCGGGGUGCAAACGCGAGAGGGUUUUAACGCCGCGAGGACGUUUUGCACGGGAGUUGUUCCGGUCUCGUCGGCGUCGUCCUCUGGAACGGAUACGACUGCGAGAUAAUAGCGGCCGGCUCAAAAAUUACUUGAUGCGCUGAGGAUGCGCCGUGAUUUCUGCAACGGUGGGCUUGCCUGCGCCGUUGUGUGGGUGUCGUCGAUUUGUCUGCUGCUCGUCCUCUCGCUGUCGACAUCGACCACCGCUGAGCCUUUGCUGAAAGUCGCCGGUCGAUGUCCAGCCCUCGUCGAACAGAACGUGUGCCCGUCGAGAGCGCCGGCCUGUGAGAAUGACUACCAAUGCCAAGGCACACCGGAGGAACGUUGCUGCAAGACCGCGUGCGGUCUUCGCUGCGUCGCGGGCGAGCUGACCGGAUGCGAGCAGCUGGCGUUGGCGGCUGUGAGGAGGUCGCGGGCCCUCGGCGCCCGCGGCCCCUCGCAGUUCAUGCCACGAUGCGACAACGUGACCGGAGAGUUCGAGAGAAUACAGUGCGAGCCGCACGGCAGCAGCUGCUGGUGCGUCGACGAGAUCGGCACCGAGAUACCCGGCACCAGGGCACCCGCCAAGGACGACAUCGACUGCGACAAGCCCCGCAACUGCCCGGCUCACAGCUGUCGGAUGCUCUGCCCCUUGGGAUUCGAAAUUAAUGACGUCACCGGUUGUCCGAAAUGCGAGUGCAGAGAUCCCUGUCGUGGCGUUACCUGUCCGGGAGCCGGACAGACAUGCGAGCUAAUCGCCGUGAGUUGUUUUCGGGAGCCGUGUCCUCCGGUACCCAGCUGUCGGAAGACCAGAUCCUUAUCAACAAUCUGUCCGGCAGGCGAACCCUUGCAGAUCACCGAUUCGCCGCGACCAUUCCUCUGCGGUGAUACGCCAGGUAAACCGACUUGUCCGCCGAUGUAUAGCUGCCUGGUGGAGCCCAAGCAAGAAUACGGGGUCUGCUGUCCAUCCAACGUGAAGUUACAGCGACCCGGCACAUGUCCCGCGGAGGAGUCGACGACGUGCGGGCCCACCUGUCGUUACGACCUCGAGUGUCCCGGGCCACAAAAGUGCUGCAGCAAUAAGAAUUGUGGCGGUAACGUGUGCACGAUACCCCAGGACCUCAGCGCGUGCCAUCGUGAUCGCAUGCUCGCCGAGAUACUCAGUGUCUCCGAGCGCCAGGGUCGUGGUUACAUUCCGCAGUGCAUGGAAGAUGGAGGUUUUGAGACGAGGCAGUGCUCAAGAAACGGCCUUGUUUGCUGGUGCGUGAAUAACGAUGGUAGAAAGAUAUCCGGCUCCAUGGGUCCCGCCGAGAAGAUUGAUUGCAGAUCGAUAAGCAAGGCACGCUCGCUUCCGGCGUCUUGCACGUCUCAGCAGUGUGCCCAGGUCUGUCAGUACGGCUUCAAAACGGACGCUUCCGGUUGCCCGACUUGCGAGUGCGACGAUCCGUGCGAGGGGUUUUCAUGCCCCGAGGGACAAGAAUGUGUCCUAAAGCGGGAGAACAGCUGUCCCGAUUUUCUCUGCCCUACAAAACCGGAAUGUAAACCCAGGAAGACCUAUAAGAAUCCCUGCAUCUUUGGUACACCUCUGAUCGAUCAAGACGGAAACGCCGCGACUUGUUCCACUAAUGAAACUUGCCCCGACGGCUACAAGUGUACAAUGAUACUGGAAGCCGGUCGGUCGGUGUGCUGCAUGGAGACGUCAAGCCCUGCAAAGGCACCCACAAUGUGCGAAUAUCUGCGGGAUUUCAACGAUCGCAUGGAGGGUACGAGGGAAGGAAUGUCUCUGGCAAUCUCGGCGCCUCAGUGCGAGCAGGAUGGCAGUUACAAGUCUCUGCAAUGUCACAACACUACGAGUUGCAAAUGCGUGAAUCAUCGUGGAGUGAUCCUGAAGACCGGACUGGAGCCGACCGCCUCGGCCGAUUGUGAAACUAUCAGGGAGCUCACGCGGAUCUGCAAACGUCUGUACUGCAAUCUGAUCUGUCCGUACGGCUAUGAAGUGGAUGCAGCCGGCUGCGAACAGUGUCGUUGUCAUGAGCCAUGCCGCGACGUCACCUGCGACUCGCACGAAACCUGCACGAUGAUCGAUGUGAACUGCGGUCCGAACGAAUAUUGUCCGGCGGUGCCGGCAUGCCUAACCACCAAGCCGGGCCAAUGCCCAUACCUCGUGCCGAGCUCGUCGAGCUGUGAGCUGCAAUGCAGCAAUGAUCAGGAGUGCUCAUCCGGUGAUAAAUGUUGUUCGACUGGCUGCGGCACGCAAUGCGUGGCUCCGGUCAUGGCUACGGCUUGCCAGCACGCUCGCGCGGUCGCCGAACAUGCCGCCAGGGAAUCAGGCGAGCCCGCAAGGAGGAUCUACAUACCUAGAUGCGACACUAACGGCGCAUUUGAACCGGUACAAUGUCACAACGGCAUAUGCUGGUGCGUGGACGAGGAAGGCAAGGAGGCAGCGGGUACUCGAGUACUCGAAGGAAUUGUGCCGCGUUGUAACACGCCUUUGAGAUGCCCGGAGAUCGACUGCAAGCUUAACUGUCCGGACGGUUUCGAGUUGAACGCGGACACCGGCUGCCCGACGUGCUCGUGCCGCGAUCCGUGUCGCAGCGUGACGUGCCGCGGCGAGAACGAAGCAUGUCGAAUGGUGGAGGUCGCGUGUAGCGCGCCGCCGUGUCCACCCGUACCAGUCUGUUUGCCGAAGAAGGACAACCCAUGCGGCCCGAACAGCACGCCGUUGCUUGAUCAAAAUGGCUCAGUCGCCACCUGCGGUCCACACGGCCGUCAUUGCCCGUCGACGCACAAGUGCGAGUUGUCGCCGUUGGACGAGUACGCAGUGUGUUGCCCGAAGCCGCGCGAGGUCUGCUUCGAGCCGCCCCGAAGAGUACCCUGCAAUUUAGGCGCCGGCUUCAACGAGACCGAAAGAUGGUUCUUCGAUCCAGAGCGCAACGAGUGUCGGCGCAAGCACGAGUGCACUCUCGGCCACAAUGACUUCUCCAGCCGAUUGGUGUGCGAUACCGUGUGUCCGGUACUAUCGCAGUGCGAGAGGCUGCGCGAGAAAAACCUAAAGCGAUCACAGCGGCUCAAGCAGCCCACAUUCCUGCCCAAGUGCAAUCCCGACAGCGGGACUUGGGAACCGGUGCAGUGUCUGGAGCACGUCGGUGUCUGCUGGUGCGUGAAUCGUAAGGGCCAGCCGGUUAAGGGCUCGCUCACUCGAUCCGCCGAGCCCAAGUGUAACUUCCGGCAAGCUAGACGAGGCGGCAGAAGACCAGAAUCGCAGGAGAUAGAUCACGAAAUUCAAGCGAUCAUGGAGGACGCUCUACUAAAUUUGGAAACGGAUGAACGGCGAAUGGAGAAAAUUCUCGGGACCAGGUGUCAGGCGAUGAAGGACAAGGGUCACGUACCAACAAUAUGCGAUCCGCAGGGUAGAUUCGAGCCCACGCAAUGCGCGGGCGAUACUUGUUGGUGCGUGGAUGAAGCAGGCAAUCAACUGAUCGGAUCUGAGCCGUUUUUGAAAGGGACGAGCAUUUGCCUGCCCACUCCAGUUGAUGCUGUUGAUGUGACAUUGCGUUUUCCCGGUCGAUUUCUGGCGACCGACGAGACGCGAUUCACCCGGGAGGCCGAAAAUUUUCUGCACGAACUCGGCGCGAGGCUUCGGAAAAACGUGCGAGUGGAGAUCAAUCAGGAUUCGGCGAUCUUGAGCUUCGAGAUUGUCGGUGCGAACAAGGUGGACGUGGCGUUCCACUUGGAAGAACUCACGCGAAUCCAGAAGCUGUCCAUGCUGGGCUCGUCCGCAGACGCGACGACCUCGCGCUUCACACAUCGCUCCACACCUGUUGUAACACAGAGUCGGAUGGUCGCGUUGGAACAACGUGAGAUUCUCACGCAAAUGGAAACGCCGUACUAUCAAACUGCCACGAUCGUGCUCGCGGCGAGUAGCGCCUUCGUUAUUAGCAGUCUUGUCAUUCUGCUGAUGCUGUAUCGCAAGAAGAUGAAGCUAAAGGAUCCGACGAAGGCAUUUCCCAUGGAUCAACACUUUCUCGCUUACAGUCAACAACCGGUUUACGUGAUAUCAGGAUCGGAGCAGAAUGAGAAAGAAAAGGAGACUGCGGCACAGCUAGAGAAUAUUCAUACAUCGGACACCAUCAUCGGAGCAUAAAACGAAUCAAUGCUUUUUACAUAGAUAAUUUCCACUUUGUACGAUAGUGAUUCUUAAAUCUUUUUUUCCAGGAGUACUCAUAGUAGCGAUUUAUGGAGUAUAAUGGGUGUAAAGAGACACGUCAGUCAAAAUCCUUCGAAGCACAUGCGUUUCCGAAGAUAAUAAUUGCACGGUAAUUUAUUUUUUACACCUUUUUUACUAUUUCUAUAUAAUUUUUUUUUUAAUAUACAGGACAGAUAAUAUAACCUGUAAGGAGAUAAUUUUUUAUAAAAAUAUAUUUUGGAGCUGUAGAAAAAAAAAAUUUCUUAACGCGGCUCUUUAUUUUCGAAAAGGAAAAGAUUCGUAAAAUAUAAUAAUUAGUAACAUAUUUAUUCUUUUACGACUUGGAAUAUUCUUAACGAUCUUAUAUUACGUAGCCAAAUUUGUAGUCAAUUGUCAGUCUCGACAACGGUUAUUAAUAAACAGAGACUCAAGAAUCAUCAGUGCAGCUGGAAACGCAAAUUAAUGUCGUACACGGCAUAUAGCAUACAUCAUAGUCAAACCAAUGUCAUGUAUGUCUCACUGUCAAUCUCGCCGUAUAAUUUAUUGUCCUCACGAGAUUUAUCAUUAUGGUCCAUAGACUUGACGAUCAAACGAAUGCAUCGCAAGCGACACUUUUGGAUCCAGUGUUAAUUAAUUUUAUAGAUUAGAUUCUAUGUAGACAACUAUUAAGAUUUAUUUGUAUAACGUAAAUUUAUAAAUUCUUGUAAAUUCACUUACGCAACUUUGAUACAGUACAAGCUCAAAAAUAUAAUAUAAACAUAAUUCGUUAAAUUUCUCUAAAGCAUAAAAUAAUGAUCCUUUUGCGAAAUCGGAAACAUUUACUCGCGAACGACGAGUUUACCGAUGGACAUUAGUUUGAUCGUCGAGGAUCUAGGUAUGGGAACUGAUUUUAUUAUUUUUCAUUGGUACUUGUCUUCAUUACCUCUUUGAUGUGGAAGUCAUUAACGCAAGGUUGUCCUCUAUCCGAAAAUCCCGAGAUGUAGAACGUCGUUACGUUAAUACAUCCACACGAUUGUAAAUAGAUUAUUAUAUUUAUAGAUUUAUACUGUGUUCGAUUAUUUAUAUAGACAAAUAAAGAUCGGAAUUCUCCUGUUUUCCAACAAUAA